GGCUUCGUAGCAUUAAAAUGGCGCCAUAGGAGCUACGCAUAGAGAGGAGAGCCCCCCCCCCCCCCCCCCCCUUGCUGUGACGUCAGGGGGCUGUGACGCAUGACCUCUGACCCUGCAGGAUCCCACGUGCUGUGUGAUGGAGGAAAGCAGCAGCAGCGGCACGCGGAGCGGCGCGCAGAGACCGAAGAUGAAGGAGAAAGAACCGGAGAAAAGCGUGAAAAAGAGGAAUAAAGAAGAAGAAGAGGAGGAAGAGAUCUUUGACUUCACGAAGAAAUCUCAGGAGGAGGAUGAAGAUGAGGAGGAUGAAGAUGCUUCAGACAGCGAGGACAGCGUCUUCUCGGGACUGGAGGAUUCUGGGAGUGAUGAAGACGAGGAGGAGGAAGAGUUAUCAGAUGAUGAAGAUGAAGAGGAAGUAGAUCUGAGAGUGGAGCCACGGCACACUCAGCAGGUAGAGACGGGGACAGUGAAGAAGACAGAGAAAGAGGAGGAGGAGAAGAAGAAAGAGAAGACCGAGACAGACGAGGUGGAGGGAGGAGCGACUGAGGAAGCAAAGCGAGAAGACGAGUACGUCCAUGACUCUUCCGAUGAGGAGGACAUCAGGAACACGGUGGGGAACGUCCCGAUGGAGUGGUACCGGGACUUCCCUCACAUUGGCUACAACCUGGACGGGAAGAAGAUCUACAAGCCAAUCAGGAACAAGGACGAGCUCGACGACUUCCUGGACAAGAUGGAGAACCCCGACUACUGGAGAACCGUCCCCGACAAGCAGACAGGAAGUGAUGUCGUGCUGUCAGACGAGCAGGUGCAGCUGGUCAACCGUCUCCAGAGAGGACAGUUUGGAGACGCCAACUUCAACGAGUACGAGCCCCAGGUGGAGUUCUUCAGCCGGGACGUGAUGCUCCACCCGGUCACCAACCGGCCGGCGGACAAGCGGAGCUUCAUCCCGUCUCUCAUCGAGAAGGAGAAGGUGUCCAAGCUGGUGCACGCCAUAAAGAUGGGCUGGAUCAAACCACGGCGGGUGGAGGAUGACAGCAGGGGGCGCUACUACGACCUCUGGGCCAAUGAGGACUCUUCUAUUCUGGCCCGACACAAGAUGCACCUCCCCGCCCCCAAAAUCCCUCUGCCGGGUCACCAGGAGUCCUACAACCCGCCGCCGGAGUACCUGUUCACCGACGAGGAGCGGGCCAUGUGGGAGCAGCAGGACCCAUGUGACAGGAAGUUACCGUUUGUCCCCAGGAAGUUCUCGAGCCUCCGUCAGGUUCCUGCGUUUUCUCGGUUCAUCCACGAGAGGUUCGAGCGUUGCCUGGACCUUUACCUGUGUCCCCGCCAGAGGAAGAUGAGGGUGAAUGUGAAUCCCGAGGAUCUGAUUCCCAAACUUCCCAAACCAAAAGACCUGCAGCCGUUUCCAACAACACAGUCUCUGGUACACACACACACACACACACACACACACACAAUGUGUACAGGAAGUGAUGACGGCUCCGUGAGGUUCUGGGAGGUGUGCUCGUCUCGCUGUCUGAGGACGGUCCAGGUGGGCGGAGCCGUGAAGAGUCUCGCCUGGAACCCCAACCUGUCUGUCUGUCUGCUGGCUGUCGCCCUGGACUCGGUGGUGUUGGUCCUGUCUCCCUCUCUGGCAGACAGACAGGUGGUCCUGUCGUCGGAGCGCCUGCUGUCUGCCCCCCAGGAGGCGGAGCCUAACGAGGGGGCGGGGCCAGUCACCUGGAGCGAGACAGAAGGGGAGGAGCUUACGCAGGGGAUCCGCCUCAAAAUCCAGCACCCCAAAGCGGUCCAGCAGGUGACGUGGCACGCUAAAGGGGACUACCUGGCCUCGGUGAUGCCGGACCACUCGAGCCACAUGCAGGUCCUGAUCCACCAGCUGAGCCGGCGGCGCAGCCAGAACCCCUUCAGGAAGAACAAGGGGCUGGUGCAGUGCGUAUCCUUCCACCCCGUCAGGCCCUACUUCUUCGUGGGGACGCAGCGCUCCGUCCGCAUCUACAACCUCGUUCAUGUGAUCUUGUGGUUUGGUGCUGCUCGGUUGUGUUUCCUCCAGGUGAUCAGGCACCAUAAGAAGGCGGUGCGGGGCGUGGCCUAUCACCGCCUGUACCCGCUGUUCGCCUCCUCGGCUCCGGACGACGGGCCGGUCCGUCUUGUCCAGGCCGUCUACAAUACUACACCAUACACGACACUCAUUCGCUCACACUACAGCAUCACUGGCGCAGUACUACAACACGCCAGUACUACACGCAUCUACACGCUCACUACUGACCACCUCCAGAACCCCUUGCUGGUCCCGGUGAAGGUCCUCCGGGGUCAUGACAUCACGGCUGACCUGGGCGUGCUGGACGUGACCUUUCACCCCACGCAGCCCUGGGUCUUCUCGUCUGGAGCCGACGCCACCGUCAGACUCUUCACCUAGCAACCGCCGCCCAGCAACCGCCACGUCAG